UGUGCCCAGUCGACAAAAGGAAAAACGCAAGCAGCCAUCUGGGUGGAAAGAGCCGGUGAUCAUAGAUUUGUCGAUCUGUAGCAGCGACGAUGACAUCCUUGCAAAGAGACCUAGACUCGAAUCCGAGGAAAGCUCCUUGUUUGCCGACCGCACGACCGAUAUCUACUGCGAAUGAUGAUAGUAACCAAAUGGACUGCGGUAACGAUACACAUGACCCGAACGAUUUUCUCCCUCGUACGAACGUACUACCGCCCCUGUCUCAAUCACUAUCAUCUGAGGACCCUGGAUAUGACUCCGAAGAGGAGUAUGCGAACUAUAUGGCUUCUCUCGACAUUUCUGAUGAAUCCAAAUGGAAUCAGAUGCCUUCAAGCAAGAAGGCUGAAGACCUUUCGCCUAAUGUGGAGCUGGAGGUCGGGCCGGCACAUCCGCGACCUGGAGAACUGCGGCCGUUGCGUCCGAAGUACUUCGCCGUACACUAUCCAGUCACCCCCUUAGAUCCAAUUUACAAGGAACAAUUCUUUUGGGGGAAACUAAAUUCGGUGCCAGGUUUCCGACCGCACGCACUCAAACCACCUGCUCGACUUCGCUUCGCUAGGCACUUGCCGGGACGCACGCGCCCUCUCAAACUGUUCCAAGAUCUUGCUUACGAUAAGUUGGGUGCUGUGCAAUCGCAUCGUCAGGCAGCAUCAGGGUCCAUAAAUAAGAUUGUUCAAGUUCCAGGAGCCAUCGUAGCGUGUGCGGCAGCAUCUGGUGGACAUCCCGACUAUUCGAAUGAAGACCGAGAAGCGCCUCUCCCAUCAGACAACAAUGCCGGGACAAUGGUAGUGUUCCAGCAGGGCCAAUGUCACGUUGUCGAUGCUCACUGCAUCGACCACGCAGCUUCUGCGAAGAAAUACUACACGGUGAACGAUGUCUUAUUCAAUCCAUUGAACCCCGCACAAUUUCUAUCGACUGGGAAUGAUUGCCAGGUGCAGCUUUGGCAGCUGCCUAAGGUUGAUGAAAUGGAAAUGUCACGCAGGAUUUGGUGCACUCAUUCGAUGGUACAAAUAUUGCUGUAUCUUGUCGAGAUGGCACUGUCUCUGUCUUCAAGACGAUAAAAUUAUUCACUUCAUCAACAUGGUCCAGAACUAUGCCUCCGCCUGAUCCGGAGACGAAACUUCACGUUGCCCCUCCUGAUGCCGAUCAUGCCGCGGGUACUGUCCUUUGGGGCCGUGGUCCGACCGAACGCUUUAUGUACACAUCUUCAGAAGCUCACGAUCCUGAUGGGGUGGGCAAGGACGAAGG